AAGUCGCAGUUCCUGAUUGGCUCACUAUAGGGUUGGGGGCGUGUCCAUUUGUGUGCCGUCUCAGUGCGGUCCCUCAGCCAAGGAAUCCCAGUGCAGUCAGCAUGAGCGACCAGUCUCCGUUCAACACCGAUGUCAUUACCCUGACUCGCUUCGUGAUGGAAGAGGGCAGGAAAGCCAAGGGUACAGGGGAGCUAACCCAACUACUUAACUCAAUCUGCACCGCUGUAAAAGCUAUUUCUUCCGCCGUGCGCAAAGCUGGGCUGGCCAACCUCUGUGGGAUUGCUGGAUCCACCAAUGUGACGGGAGACCAAGUGAAAAAACUUGAUGUCCUCUCCAAUGACCUGGUUGUCAACAUGUUGAAAUCAUCAUACAGUACCUGUGUCCUUGUGUCUGAAGAGGACCAGCAUGCCCUUAUUGUGGAGCCUGAGAAACGGGGAAAAUAUGUGGUCUGUUUUGAUCCUUUGGAUGGCUCCUCAAACAUUGAAUGCCUUGCUUCUAUUGGUAGCAUUUUCGCUGUCUACAGAAAGGUAUCUGAGGGAGAGCCUUCGGAAAAGGAUGCCUUACAACCAGGGCGCAAUAUUGUUGCAGCGGGCUAUGCUCUCUAUGGUAGUGCCACCAUGAUGGUCCUUGCCACACAAUAUGGUGUGAACUGUUUCAUGCUUGACCCUGCAAUCGGAGAGUUCAUUCUAGUUAACAAAGACGUGAAAAUUAAAAAGAAAGGCAAUAUCUAUAGUCUCAACGAGGGCUAUGCCAAAUACUGUGAUCAGGCAGUUACUGAAUAUGUGCAGAGGAAGAAAUUCCCAGAGGAUGGGAGCUCACCAUACGGUGCAAGAUACGUUGGAUCAAUGGUGGCAGAUGUUCAUCGAACUUUAGUAUAUGGCGGAAUUUUUUUGUAUCCUGCUAAUACAAAGAGCCCAAAAGGAAAGCUGAGGCUUCUGUAUGAGUGUAACCCUAUGGCUUAUAUCAUGGAGAAGGCUGGGGGAAUGGCUACUAAUGGACUUGAACCAGUGCUGGAUGUAGUUCCUGAGAGCAUCCACCAGAGAAUGCCAAUAGUUCUGGGCUCCUCAGAUGAUGUGCAGGAAUAUAUGGAUCUUUACAAGAAAUAUGCGGGCAAGUAGGGAGCAGAUGGAUAGAUUUCCUGCCAUGGGACCAAAGAAUAUACUUAAUGCUCCAUAUAAUGUGCCAACAUGCAGAAACAUAUUUUCCACACCAUUGCACUAAUGAACUUCUUUAUAUAGAGCAGAUUGAUUUUGUUAAAUCUGUCCCUAAUGGAAAUAUGGGCAUGCAGACAUACACAUGAGCAGUUCAUAUGUAAAACCCUGAUUCAUCUAAAUAAACUAUUUUCAUAAAAAUGUA